GUCCUAUAGUAACGGCGAUCAGAAAAGCUAUGGGGAACGAGGAGCGCCUAGGCCCCACGGCCUUCUCUUCCCUCGUCGCAGCCAUUCCGGCUCUAAUGAUAGGGUACACUUUCGCCUUCCCCUCCUCCGCCAUUCUCGAUCUGACUACAGAGAGUGCAGGCCUCCCCGAAAACUACCGCCUCUCCAUUCACCUCGCAGACACUUUUGCCGCAUUGGCUCCAAUAGGAGCGCUAGUUGGAGCACCGCUAUCAGGAGUCAUGUCAGAUCGCUGGGGGAGGAAGGAGGCACUGGUUUGCUGUGGGAUCCCCUACCUCAUUGGCUACCUGUUCCUAACCUACGCUCACUACAUGCCCACUGCACUGGGAUUCCAGGCUCUUGUCUUCACUGGGAGAUUUAUGACUGGAGUAGGGAUGGGCUGGGCUGGUAGCUGUGGACCAGUGUACAUUGGGGAAAUAUCCUCACCGAAACUCAGAGGGCUGUUUGGAACAUUCACUCAAAUAGCCGUAGCCACUGGAAUUGUGUUGAACUACGGAAUCAGCUCUUUUCCGACAAUCACCUACUUCCACAGCUCGCUAGUAGCUGUCGGGAUCAUCACCGUGUUUGAGUGCCUGGUAGUCUGGCUGAAGGAGAGUCCCAGCUGGUUGAUUCGUCACGGUCAGCACCAAAAGGCCGUGAAAGUACUCCAGUGGCUCAGAGGUCCGAGUGUCAAAGUCGAACAAGAGGUUGAGAGGAUACAAGAGGCUGAGAGUCUGAGUCUGUGGCUAGCGAUGAAGGAGAUGUCGACGAAACGACACAUCGCGAUUCCGAUUGUCCUGGUGAUGCUGUCGAUGUUUUUCCAUCAGAUUGGCGGUGCCCAUGUGCUGUCGACUUAUGCUGCACUGUUGUUUGAGAGUGCAGGAGUGGCCGAGCCAGAGCUGACGGCACUGGGUGCAGUGGGUGGAGUUGAACUGGUGGCAACAUUCCUCACCAUCCUAGUCAUCGACUUUGUCGGACGGAAAUUCCUGCUAGUAUUGAGUAGCAUCGGUAUGGUUGUCGGAUCAGCAAUGCUCGGAGCUCACUAUUUCAUCACCCGUCCUUCAACUUGUACCCAGCUAGUCUCAAUCGUUAAUUCAACUGCAGAAGAAAGUGAAUUUCUACAACUACAAGAAGCCCGUUCGGGGGACAUGUUUGAGAAUUGUAUCAACACCCAGUUUGCUCCACUGGCUAUUUCCAGUGCAGUACUGUUUGCGGUGGCCUACUCCAUCGGCUGGGGCCCUGUUCCGUGGGUCCUGCUCUCUGAACUGAUUCCAGUAAGGGUCCGUGGAGCGCCAGUGGGAUAGCUACUCUCGUGAACUGGGGCUCUGCUGCACUAGUGAUUGGUGUCUACCUGGAAUACUCGGAGGCUGUUAGGGACUGGUUCGCUUGGUGGACGUUUGCCUUUCUCAACACUAUCGCCGCCGUAUUUGCAAUUGUCUUCAUUCGUGAGACUAAAGGAAAGACUUUAGAGGACAUAGAGAUAUACUAUCAAGAACAUUGGUGUUGAAAUUGAAGCCCCACCCAUGAUAAUCAUCUGUGUGCUAAUUGAAAAAUCAAGGUAGUAUUACUUUAUUAUUCUUGAUGUUUUUGUGUGUGAGCGAAAACUGUGACUAUCUUUACUAUAUACACAAUCAGAAUUAAAUUUAUUCACACACCAUUGUUAUGUGAGUAUAAUGAUGCAAGAAAAAGAUCUCUUCAGCUAUUUUGCUAAACCGCCCGGCACAGGGAACUUCUAAAUCACAAAGCAAUCGAAAAUCACACCCCCCAUAAUAAUAAUAUCAAACACGGGAUGACUGGAAUUAUUCACAACUAAAGAACAUUUCUCUGAUAAUGACUCUCGAUUUCUUCCAGCGAUUUUCCCUUUGUCUCCCGUAGGAAUAGUGCAGCAAACACGACCGCGGCGAUGUUGAUGGCUGUAAACGACCACCAGGCGAACCAAGUAGUCACAGCCUCGGCAUACGAGCUGUAGAAUCCGACCACAACAGCAGCAGUGCCCCAGUUGACUAGUGUUGCAAUGCCCGACGCAGCUCCCCUCACACGCAGCGGUGUCAGUUCCGAGACCAGGAUCCAGGGGACGGGACCCCAACCGAUCGAAAAUCCAACUCCAAACGUCAUUAUACUGACAAUGGCUAGCGGUCCGUAUUGGGCAUUGCAGACAUUUGCCCCAAAGUCCUCCGACAGCUCCGAGGAUAGAGUUGAGUUGAAGAAGUGUUCACUCGCGCAGAGAGAAGGCCGGGUUAGAUAAAAGUGGACUCCGAGAAGUAAAGUGCCGAUGGUCAUCCCCACUCCACUCAGAAUGAGCAAGAACUUCCUUCCCACUAGGUCAAUAACAAACACCACCACUAG